AUGCUGAAAAAUUACGCUCUUUAUGUCACCCUUUUUUCUCACUUAGUUACAUGCUUUUCAGGCAACCAAACACUGAAUGGCCAUAAAACCACGUUAAUCGGAAAUGUUAAAAGUAAUAUACCUUUAAAGGUAUCUAUUAUUGGUAGUGGCAGUUGGGGAACAGUCAUAUCAAAGAUUGUCAGUGAAAAUACCCAGAAUUCAAAAAUCUUUCACCCACUUGUUAGGAUAUACGUGAACGAGGAAAUUGUGGAUAAUGAAAAGUUAAGUAGUAUCAUAAAUGAAAAAAAAGAAAAUGUAAAAUACAUGAAGGGAAUGAAAUUACCAGAUAACAUUGUUGCUGUUUCUGACAUGAAAGAUGUGAUAGAAGACGCAGAUUUGCUUGUUUUUGUUGUUCCUCAUCAGUAUUUAGAAAACAUAUUAAACGAAAUAACGAAAAACAAAAACCUUAAAAAACAAGCAAAAGCAAUAAGUUUAAUGAAAGGAAUACAAAUAAAUAACUCGAAACCUAUGUUACUAUCAGACAUUAUUCAAAAAAAAUUAAAUAUUGAAUGCUCCGCGUUGUCAGGAUCAAACAUCGCAGAAGAAUUGUCAAGGGAAAAUUUUAGCGAAAGUACAAUAGGGUUUGAAAAUAUUGAAACGGUUGAAAUAUGGCAAGAGUUAUUUGACAGAACGUACUUCAAAAUUAACUGCAUACAAGACAAACCGGGGGUGGAGACAUGCGGAGCGCUAAAAAAUGUCGUAGCUUUAGGCGUUGGAUUUUUAGAUGCUUUCAUGAAUAGUUAUAACACAAAAUCUGCUAUUAUCAGAAUUGGGCUAGACGAGAUGAAAAAAUUCGCUAAAUUAUUUUUUCCAGAUGUUCUAGACGAUACAUUUCUAGAUAGCUGCGGUUUAGCUGAUCUUAUCACAACUUGCCUUGGUGGACGAAACUUAAAAUGUGCAAGAGAGUUUGUCAUACGAAAUGGGAAAGAUUCGUGGGAACGUAUUGAAGUUGAACUAUUAAACGGGCAAAAACUUCAGGGAAUAUACACGGCAAAAGAAGUAUAUAAUGUUUUGGAGCAGCACAAAUUAAAAAAAGAAUUUCCUUUAUUCAGCGCAAUUUAUGAGAUAGCGUUUGGACAUAAAAACCCAUCUACUAUAAUUGAUGUUCUUUCAACAAAAAAAUUAAGACAUAUUAAAUAUAAGAAAUGA